AUCGUCGUGGUCAUUAUCAUUAUUAUUACUAUUAUUGUUAUUAGUACUAGUAAUAGUAGUAGUAGUAGUGGUAGUAGUGUUAACAACGAUUGAUGGUAAUCGUAUGAAAGUAGCGCUCGCAUGAAUCUUUCAGGAGAAUACCAAUUGAAUAAUAAUUCUUGGCGAACGUAUUUACUUACCAAUAAUAAAGUCAUUCAUAUUACGUGUACAAUGUAUUCGUAUUUAUUUAAACAUUUUAAGAUGUACGCCAUCACUGCUAUGGACUGGGACGUUGAACCGAAGUGCGUGGCGCAUGAAUUGUUUCCCCCGAAGGAAAAAUUGGAUCGUGGACCGGUGUCGAGCGAGAACAGAUAUUCGGUGAAGACGUUAGUGGGCAAUUGGAUCGAGCGUAGAGCAACUUCUACGCCACGAUCGGACGAUUGGAGGAGUUUGUACGAAAUAGAUUACGUGCCUCGCGUUAACGAAACUUGGGAAACGGAUCAAGCCGGAAAAUGGGAGAACAAACUGGUCGUCGAGGGUUUGCCACGAGACGAGAUUUUCGAUCAUAAAACCGAAUAUUAUGACAACAUGACGACGACCAACGAUUUGUGUUACAACGUUCUACCGAAAGGUCUGAAGGGACCCAAACCUCGGUCUUACAACGCAAGACUGAGAAAAUGGCUGCCCGAACAGGAUUUAUUGAAAAGUUUCGGCACGUUGACGCAGUCUGGAUUGAGAGAAGCGAUGCGGGAGGAGCUAGAAAAGAAUUCGUUGGAAGGAAUAGCCAAAUGUCGAUGGUGGUCUACGUACAGGGAAGAAAUUGGAUUGCUAAGGCCGGCAAACGUCGAAUACACCACUCAAUUCCGUAGACGAAAGGUGGAUUUUAACGAACCGGAUCUCAGGCAUUUGAAACGUAAAUCGGCGUUCGCUGCCGUUUAAAAAAUGAUUCAACGUCGAACAACGCGCGUAGCGAUAGAAAAGGAUGCCGAGGUACACAAUGUGUUGUUAUUGUCAUUUGGGAGUGACAGCCGGCGUAAGAACGUAACGUCAGAAUUAAAAAUAUUACAUUAUUAUAUUUAUUUCGUUAGAUUAGAUUUUAACAUCACAUGGUAUAACACGAUACAGCAUAAUAUACAAUAGACGGACUUAUAAAACAUGUCAGAACACAUGGCGAAUCCCGUCGUCGCGUUUAGACGCGUAGAAAUUUGUUGUACGAAACGAAUACUCGGUUUCAGUUUGAACCUUGACCGGGCAGCUUACUAAACCGUUGAACUUGGUGGAUCACGCAUGUAUGUACAUUAUUACUAAUGAACACAGAUGGAGACACGACGAUUCUUCAGAAUGUCAGAUGAAUUUAUCAUUUUCCACGGUACACACAACAGUAGUCUCGUUUUCGCCUGCUGCUGUUGACAGUCGAUCUUAACAACGGGCAUUAAAACAAUGAAUAUCUAUUUACAAUUGCUGAGAAGUGAGAAAUGAACAAUGAUCGCAACUUCAACGACCGACGACUAUACUGGCAGUGUAACACUUACUUAUAAACGGAUUCCCUUUCACCAUCA